AUGGCAUCGACAUCUUGUGUUAUGAAGAGUCCAUUAGCUAUGAAAGAGACUGGUUCAAGCUGUGGUCAAUAUCCUCCUCCUAUGGCAACGUAUGAAGAGGUUGUGGACAAUCCUAAGCUCUUUUUGCAUAGCUUGGAGAAGCUCCAUGCUACAAUGGGCACCAAGUUCAUGGUUCCCAUUAUUGGGGGAAAGGAGUUAGAUUUACACCGCCUCUUUGUUGAAGUGACUUCUCGUGGAGGGAUUGAAAAAAUCAUUAAAGAUAGAAAAUGGAAAGAUAUAACUUUAGUUUUCAAUUUUCCAUCAACGGCAACAAAUGCUUCUUUUGUGCUGCGGAAGUACUAUACUUCAUUACUCUACCAUUAUGAGCAAAUCUAUUAUUUUAAAGCUCAUAACUGGACCCAUGCAGCUUCCGAUGUUUUGCAGAGUCCAUCAUUCACCCCAGUUUCUGCUCCUAAGAUACAGUUUUCGCAUCCUUCAUCUGAAAUUCAACCAGCUGUCGUUCAACCAUUAAAUGUCAAUGCUGCUGGACUGCCUGAAGCAAUGGCAUCAUCUUCGGCAGGGUCUCAUGUUGUUGGGGUCAUUGAUGGAAAAUUUGAAAGUGGAUAUCUAGUUACUGUCAGAAUCGGUUCGGAGAAACUCAAGGGUGUACUUUAUCAAGCUCCACAAAAUACUGUGUUGCCAGCACCGCCAGUACCCGGCCACAGUGCUUCGGUUAAUAACAAUAACGCGGGAGUCCAUCGUCGCCGGCGUAGGAAGAAAUCAGAAAUGAAGAAGAGAGAUCCUGCUCACCCAAAACCAAACAGAAGUGGAUACAAUUUCUUCUUUGCAGAACAACACGCUAGGCUAAAACCUCUUAACCAAGGGAGGGACCGAGAGAUCAGCAGGACCAUCGGUGAACUCUGGAACAAGUUAAAUGAAUCUGAAAAAGCAGUUUAUCAAGAACAAGCCAUGAAGGACAAAGAGAGGUACAAAACAGAAAUGGAGUCUUACCGCGAGAAGUUGAAGAUGGAUCAGGAUCAAGUGAUUAGUGAUGCGGUGCCACUUCAACAGCGACAUCCUGAAGCCGAUACGGACAUGAAAUUUGAUGAAGCUGAGGCAGAUUCUCUUCAAACACCGGAGGAGAGCAGUUCGGUGGGAAGCGAGUAUGAAGAUGAUAAAGGCAUGGAGAAAGAUUUUAGUGUGGAUGCAUAUCCUGUUAUAGGAAUUGGAGCUGAGGAUAUGGAUUCAGUAGAGAAAUCAUCCCAGGGGGGUUUAUGA